GUUUGAGGCAUAUUCUCACAGUCUGAUGUUUGCGUCUGUUAUUUAAGAGCUCCGCCGUCGUGAUGAACAUACAGAUGAUCAAUACCGCCAGAAAAUGGAUCGCAUCGUGCAGCUUGAACCUUUAGUAUCAUACACCGAGGUGAAAUUAGGGUGUAAUUCGUCCAAAAUGUGACAUGGCACAAACUCAGCGGGCUCACGGUUGGACAGACGAGGUGUCAUCGAUCUGAUCUGAUAUCAUCACUGAUAAAUAACGCGGCGAGAUGGAUCUCCUCUCCGUUUCUCCUUGACGCGCGCUGGAGGGAGGCAGGCGGAGCUGAGCAGCGCGACCACCGGCCAAUGUACCGGGGGAACAGCGGCCCGGGAGCGGCGGCGGUCUUGAGAUCCGUUCCUCCGGGUUUUACGCAGCGAGGCGCGGGGAACGAUGGGCUGCGCUCCCAGCAUCCACGUCUCGCAGAGCGGGGUGAUCUACUGCCGCGACUCGGAUGAGUCCAACUCGCCGCACCAGACCACCACCAUCUCGCAGGGCACGGCGACCACCCUGCACGGCCUCUUCAUCAAGACCGACGCGGCGGACACCAUCCCCUCCGUGAUCGCCUACCAGAGCAGGCACACACGGACCAACUCCCUCCGGGAGCGGAGAGAGAACAGCUGCGGACACAUGUGCACGGAGGCCGAGACUCAGACCAGCAGCACCAGCGUCAAGGUGUCUGCAGCAGAAGAGCGUUUGGGGCCAAUGCGACUGACCCAGGAGCCAAUUCAGUAUGUAAAUCCAGCAUUUGAAAAGAUGAUGGGCUAUCAUAGAGGCGAACUGAUCGGUAAAGAGUUGACCGAACUGCCCAAGAGUGACAAGAACAGCGCCGACCUGCUGGACACCAUCAACACCUGCAUCAAGAAAGGAAAGGAUUGGCAGGGGAUCUAUUUCUCACGGAGGAAGUCAGGGGACAGUAUUCAGCAAUAUGUCAGAAUCAUUCCUGUGAUUGGCCAGGGAGGAAAAAUCCGCCAUUUUGUGUCCAUCAAGAGGCCUUACAGUGACAACCACAGACAGGUUCAUAAGUUAAGCAAAGAAGAGAAAUGCUGUGGUGAACACUCACAAUCAGAAUGCAAUUCCUUGCGUCACAAGGACCGGAGGAAAGAGUCUGUGGACACCAGAUCCAUCAGCUCUCACAGCAGUGAUGCUCCCAGUCUACAGAACCGCAGAUAUUCCUCUAUGGCCAGAAUCCACUCCAUGACUAUUGAAGCUCCAAUCACUAAGGUGAUAAAUAUCAUUAACGCAGCGCAGGAGAGCAGUCCUGUGACAGUAGCGGAAGCUCUGGAUCGCGUUCUGGAGAUUCUGAGGACCACCGAACUCUACUCACCCCAACUGGCCUCAAAAGAGGACGAUCCCCACACCAAUGACCUGGUGGGGGGGCUCAUGAGUUCAGAUAUGAGUCAGAGUCAGCUGGCAGUGCCUGUCCCGUUAAACGACAUCCCGUCCUCCAUCGCAGAGCUGCUCAACGAGGAGGAAUGCUGGGAAUUCAAUAUCCUGGAGCUGGAAGCAGCUACUCACAAGAGGCCACUUUCAUACCUGGGGCUGAAGAUCUUCUCUGCUUUUGGCGUGUGUGAGUUCCUGAACUGCACAGAGGCCACGUUGCGCUCGUGGCUGCAGGUGAUCGAGGCUAAUUACCACGCAUCCAACUCCUACCACAACUCAACACAUGCCGCAGACGUCCUGCACGCCACAGCCUACUUCCUGCGCAAGGACCGAGUCAAGGGCAGUCUUGACCAGUUGGAUGAAGUAGCGGCGCUGUUGGCAGCAACGGUCCAUGACGUUGAUCACCCGGGCCGCACCAACUCAUUCCUGUGCAAUGCAGGCAGCGAUCUGGCCAUUCUGUACAACGACACGGCCGUCCUGGAGAGUCACCACGCCGCUCUAGCGUUCCAGCUUACUGUACGAGACAGCAAGUGCAACAUCUUCAAAAACAUGGAAAGGACUCAGUUUCGAACCCUACGGCAGGCCAUAAUAGACAUGGUGCUGGCGACAGAAAUGACGCGACACUUUGAACACGUCAACAAGUUCGUAAACAGCAUCAACAAACCCAUGAGUGCCAUUGAGGAGACAAGCUCCAAUAGUGAAGGCAGUGAUUGUGAGGGUCAGGCCAGUAUUCGCAACUCUCCUGAGAAUCGUCUGUUAAUUAAACGGAUGCUGAUUAAAUGUGCCGAUGUGGCCAAUCCCUGCAGACCUCUGGAGCUCUGCAUCGAAUGGGCUGGUCGCAUUUCAGAGGAAUACUUUGCUCAGACUGACGAGGAGAAAAGACAAGGUUUGCCGGUUGUCAUGCCAGUGUUUGACCGGAAUACCUGCAGCAUUCCUAAAUCCCAGAUCUCAUUUAUCGACUAUUUCAUCACGGACAUGUUUGAUGCCUGGGAUGCCUUUGCCAGUUUGCCAGGUCUUAUGGAGAAUUUAGCGGAGAACUACAAAUACUGGAAGAAUUUGGAUGAGAUGAAAUGUAAAAGCUUACGGCCUCCACCUCCUCCGUGACCCUCAUGACUCUUACCGUCGAGGUCAAAGGUCAGAGGUUACGCCGUGAAUGUAGCAUCUCUACAUGGCCUCCAAGUUUCCGUCCACUGAACAUAGAUCAGCAGCCCUGUUUCCCUGACGACGCUCCACCCCUAGUGACAAUCACCCGGUAACAAGUGUAAAACAGACAAAUGACAAAACGAAUGCACUUUAUCAGCAGACAGUCCUCUUCCAGCAUCUUUUCACUUUCUUUUCUUCUCUUCUCUUUUAAAAUCCAUCUGUUCUCCCAGCUGUUUUUAAUGAUUUCUGGGCAGUGAUUUUUUUGUAAUGUCUGACACAAGAAGACAAAGACUGAUCUUAGUCCAGUAGAGGACUGUAUAUACUAUAUGCGCUCAAAUAUGGAACUGAAACGUGAAUGAUCAGAGAGGUCUGUGUCUGUACAUGUGCACACGUAACAUUAACAGACAUGUGGAAUCACAGAUCCAAAUGCCAAAAGGGCUUUAUUUGGAAGCAGAGUGUCAGUGAGACUGAGCUACUUGGGAAACCAAAAAGGACCCAGUAGCGAGCCCUGAGGCACGCCACAUUUUCCCCACUAUUGAUUUGUUAAAAUACAACACGGAUAUUUUGACAAUAUUGUUGACAGAAGCAAAUGUCAAGUUGCCAAAAUGGAAGAAAUGAAGACACGUUUGUAUUCGGAUGAUGAAACUGUAUUGACCAGCACUGAACACGAUUCAGUGUGCGAGAAUGUAAAAACUGCGAUGGAUCAGCCCAUUGUGGGCCGUCAUAAUUCCGGCACUUUCUGUAUCAGAACAACUCAAGCCUUUCUCAGACUCCAAGGACUGGUGUGUAAUAAUCAAUCAUUUUGAUAUAAAUAGCCAAUAAUAACAAAGAAUAUAUUUCUCAGAAACACUGUAUAUCCAGACACAUACUGUAAUAACGUGAAGCUUGAUGAUGCGUGUGUGAGCAAAAGUGUGUUUGUUACGAUGUGCAUAGUGAUGAUAGUUAUGAUUUUUACAUUUUACACAUGACAGUUAACAUUCCUAAUUCACGCAACAGUCCGUACGGAUGCAAAAUUCCCUAAUCUUCAGAGUUAUACUGUGUGUAAACCUAAAGUCCAGCACAGUCUCAUUAUGAGACCACCGACACGGUGACGUUUGCUCAUGCUGAUAUUUUAAGUGUUACACCAUUUUUAAGUAUUAUUUAUUUACAAAUGAGCUCAGCUGUAUAUCACUGUUAGAAUCUUUUACCAUAGACACGCAUCGCAGACGAGCUUCAAACGCUCACCUUUUGUAGGCCAAAAACCAGCGCCGAAGGUGCGUUUAUAAUCAAACACGAUGAUGAGUUUUAAACAGAUGUUUGGCUGAAGCCGUUUCGACUGGAAAAAGAACUAGUUUAGAUAUCUUGUGUCACAUGAGACAUUU